ACACUUUUAAUGCUUUAGUUGAUAUUUGAGAAAAUUUGAGCAUGUCUGCGCGUGUAAGCGGUGCGUGAAAAAUAUUUAAAUUUAUUAAAUAUGUAGUAAAAUUAUCGAAAUUAAAGAACGCAACAUACAUACAUAUUAGAGUAUGUACGACCGGCAACUGUGCGUUGAGUUUACCGUGGAAAUGUUGCGUUCAUAACGUGCAAAGUAAAAAGGAAAGCGUAAAGAAAGAAAGAAAUAUCCUUGCUUGCCCACGCAGGAUAGGCGUACAAAGCAGACGCGAGAAUAAUUCCAAGCGGAAGAAAUUGAAGUCGCAGUCACAACAAAGCAGUGAAAUAUUAUUAAACAAAUCAUAAAAGGAAAUGCAUUUUUAGUGAUUAAAAAUAAGUGAAAUGUGCAGCAUGCAACACAUCGCGUUGUGAAGUAAAAAAAGCAUAGCAAAGCAGAAAUUCAAAGAGAACAAACAAAACCAAACAAACGAAACGCAACGCAAGGCAACGUGAGCGAGCGAGAGCGCAAGAGUAACCACUCUGAGUCGCGUCGCGUCUCUCGUUCACAACAACAAAUUAUCGUUUAAUUUCUUUCAUUUUUGCACAAGAACAACACAAAGCACAAAGCGGGUGACUUUUGUGUGUGUUAGUGUGUGUGUGUGUGUGUACAGAAGAAGAAGAACUGUUGCAACAACCACCAACGCCACCUUCACCCCCCUGCCAGCCACCGCUUGUUUGUUAUCAGUCAUUGAUAACUGACAGAAAGGGAGAGAAAUAAAGAGGGAGAGAGAUCGACGAUCUGUUUGACCGUGUCAUGUUUUGAUUGAGUUAAAGUCAACGAAAGGCGUCAAUGAAAGGAUAAUAGUUAAAUAGAAAGGAACCAUGUCUAAGCACACUGACAACGAUAAUCUGCGCAAUGAUAUCUACGAGAAUCUGCCCUGUCAGGCCAUGUACAAUGAGUCUGUUCGCAAAAUGCAACAACAACAACAACAACAGCAGCAACAACAACAACAGCAGCAGCAACAACAUAUCAACAUUGGCAAUGCGAACAUUAAUUCAAAUGUUAACUCGAAUUCGAACUCGAAUUCCUUAGGCAACAACAAGUUGCCCAAGGAAAUGUUGUAUGCAACGCCGCUACGUAAAUCGGAUCGUUACAAGAGCAGCGAACGGAGUCGUCAUGUGGCAGCCGCCUCCACUGGAGAUGGGGGCGUGGCACAUACAACAAUGCAGGACACCAAGUUAUCCAAUUUAAGGGAUUCGAAUCGCUUAAUCAGCGCAAGAAAUGGAAAUCCAGUGCAGAUCACAGAUCUGGAUGCCAAUGAUGAAGAUGAGUUGGUGGAGAGGGAGCGGGAACGAGAGCGGAAUAGGGAGGAUGAUAUCAAUGCAUCCACAAGUGCAUUGGUGGGUGGCUCCAAGACCAACAACCAGGUCAUGUCUUUGGGGGCGGGAAGUACACCCAGUAAACAGCUCGAGGAUCGACGCAUACUCAACUUUCUGAAGGAUACGACGCAGGUGCAAAAGAAACUCGAGAUAACGGGACGCGAUUGUCCCAAUGCCAGUUUCUCCAACCUGGCCAGGGAGGAGCACUUUGCCAAUCUUGUGCAGCAGAAUUUCGCCUUGGAAUUGACCCAAACCAAUGGCAGUUCAGCUCCAGAGGAGGAUGGCCAGGAGUUGAACACUCAACCGACUCAAGAGACCGCUGACAAUCUGGAAUCCUUGAUGCAGCGCAAACACUCACCCGACAAGGAGCUUAAUGGCGGAUUGGCGCCCGCCUUAAUGUCGAGUAAUCCGCGUAUUGUCAGCACCGUCUAUAUACAUCGCGAGUGGGUGCUCAAGAAGAUUGCCCUGUGCCUGGAGCAGCGCACGGCGGGCAAGAAACCCAUGCCGGCUGCCUUGGGAGCUGCUGCCAGUGUUGGUUAUGUCUCGGCACGUGCCAAGGCGGCGGCCAUCUCCAGUUCCAGCUACAAUGGUUGCCUCGUCCUGGGCUCAAACGGAUCCGGCAAGACGUCCAUCUGUCAGGCCAUCAUGAAGGGCAACUCUGGCACCAAGGGCAUACUCAAUCGCAAGCUCCUGGCGUGCUAUCUAAUUGAAUCCCAGAAUCCCGAGUGCCACAGUCUGUCUCUGUUUAUGCGUAAGGUUGUGCUGCAGUUGCUCAGCCAUGCCUCGUUGAUUUCUCGCGAGGAUAGCCAGAGGAUCAUCGAUGAGGGAUUCUCCUUUCUGCGCGAGGAGGCGCAACAGCAGGAGUCCAAGUUGGACGAGGCCAUGCAUAACAUAACACUCAGUGAGAAUGCCGAGGAGCUGCUCAUUGAGGAGCUGAAGCGUGGUGCAAGUGAAUGCGACACCAAGGAGUUGGACAACUUUCAAAAGCGACGCACUUCAACGGCCCAAAAGCCAGGGAAAUCGAGUCUCACCCGACAGCAGUCGGAGCCAGCGCCGGCCCAGAGUUUGCACCCGUCGGAGCUGGCAGAUCUUCCAGAGAAACCGGGUGGUUAUGGCACGCAUCCGCCCAAGCGUGGUCUGCAGGAACGCGGCGAACAGGACAAGGAUACGGGCAGUGAGAAGGAGCAGAAGCUUAAGCAUGAGCACAAGGAGAAGGAUAAGGACAAGGAGAGGGAGAAGGAUGCACCGAAGAGCAGUCCGGUCAAGACCAAGUCCAAGAUUCCCGUCAAACGUGGACGCACUGGCAGCGGCGUCUCCUCGCCCGCCAAAGUCCUGAGCUCCACAUCGGCCAUGAUGAGCAAUGGCCAAUCCAUACAGCAGGGCGGAGGCGAGGACAUUGCGGAUCUGGUGAGCGAGCAGCUGAAGCAUGAAAUCGAGGCGGCCAUUCAGGAUGUCAAGCAGGAUGAGGAUCAGCCUGAGGCGGACAAGGAUUUAAGCCGUGAGGAGCCGGAGAAAUCGGAAGCGGAACCUCUCAUCGAUUUUGAAGAACAGCUGGAUCUGGAGGCGAUAAAGGAAGUCACUCCCACGGCAGUGGAAGUAAUGGCGCCGCCGCCUGUGCCUGGAGAGAAACCCAGAGUCAUCAGCAGCACCAACACAUUGCCACCGCCGUUGCCCAAGACAAAAAGUUGUCGCACCAUCAUCGCCGAUGGCUACUACGAGCUGUUGAUGUCCAAUCCGGAGAUCUUGGAGUGUCUGAGUGUGGACAGCAUUGAGAAGAAUCCGGACGAGUGUUUCAAGAAGGCGCUGCUCUUCCCGCUGCUCGAAUUGACGCCACCAAAGACGGCACUUUUGUUGCUCAUUGACUCCAUUGAUGAGAACUACAUCAAUGAUGGGAACCUGAUCUCGACACUGAAAGGAGGACGCGGUACAGUCACCAACAAUCACAAGAGUCGCAAUGUUGCCGAGCUGCUCUCCAAUCACAUUCAUCUCUUUCCCAAGUGGCUGUUCCUCGUCUGCACCACCAAGAAGCAGACGAAGCAGAUAACCAAGAUGUUUACGGGAUUCAAGAAGAUAACACUCGAUGACUUGCGUAAAUCGCAUGUGGUUAAGGAUGUGCAGGAGUAUAUCAUAAAUCGUUUGAACUCGGACUUUAAGGAUAGCAUCAUGUUGACCAAGGAGAUCAUUGAGUCACUGCAUCAGCUGUACAUCAAGUCGAAUGGCUGCAUACUCUAUCUGGAGAAGGUGCUGCAUGGCAUCAAGGAUAAUUUCUUUAGCUUUAGGGAGAUCAAACUGAUACCCUGCACUCUCAAUGGAUUGUAUCUGUACAUCUGUCAAAAGUCUUUCAACAAGAAGCAGUACAUGAAGAUUCGUCCACUGCUCAACGUCUUGUUGGCCUCCUCCGGCUAUGUGGAUAAAUUGUUUCUCUUCAACUGCCUGAGGACACAUAAUUAUACCAUCGAUUGCCAGGAGUUUGAGAAGCGUCUGCAAUUGAUGCGCAAUAUUCUGGCAUACGAUGCGAAUGCGCAACGUUUGAAAAUCUUUCACAACUCCUUUGCCGAUUGGCUGGUGGAUGUGAAGUUCGCGACCAAGAAAUUCAUCUGUGAUGUGAACGAGGGUCACGUCAUGAUCUCCAUGUAUUAUUUACUUGUCGCGGAUACACUGUGCGCAAAUACAGUGCGCAGAUUCGCCUAUCAUCUGAUUAAAUCGGGAGAAUAUCUGACCAAUCGUCAUGUCGAUCUCGAUUUGAUUCUGAUGCUGCUCGAGUCCCGUUUAAAUCUCAGUGAUUGCUUCUACACGAAUCACCUGAAUUGCUGUGCUCAGUGUGAACAUGAUUUCAAGACCGAUGUCAACUUUUUGCCCAAAACUCGCGCCAUGCUGGAACGAUUCCUCACCAAUGAGUUGAGUGAACCGUUUGCUCAGUUUCUCUGCGAUUUCUUUAAGCCCAGCCUGCCAACGGAUGCCAAGAUCCUCAAGCUGCUGAUCGAGACGGGCAUCAAUAAUGCGGAGGCGCAGAACUCCUGUGAAUCCUCGCUAAUGUCACCGGAAUUGUCGGAUAAAUCGCAGAACAUCGACUUUGAGCUGGCCGAUCUGUUGCUGUCCAGCGAGAAGAGUUGUCUGCUGGAGACACAGCGUACGGUUAGUCCCUCGGAGCAGAGUGAACCAUGUCAGCCCGAGGAUGAGAAUGCCUCCAGCACGUUGCAUCAACUCUCCGACUCGCAUCACAUUGAGCUGCACAAGGGCAAGGCAUUGAUCCAUAUCCUGGCCAACGAUGGCAAUCAUCAGUUGCUGGAGCGUGCUCUCAAUGCCUGCAAGAGUCCCAUCGAUCUGGAGAUUGAGGAUUACAAUGGUCAGACGGCGCUGAAUAUUGCCGCCCGCAAUGGUCACCUGGAUGUGGUCAAGUUGCUGUUGAGCUUCUCGCAGCCCUGCAACGAUGGCACUGGACGCAUGAAGCGUGUGGAUGUCAAUCAUGCGGAUCGCGAUGGCUGGACACCGUUGAGAUCCGCCUCGUGGGGUGGACACAGCGAGGUUGUCCGUCUGUUGAUUGCUCAGCCCGCCUGCAAGAUCGAUCUGGCGGAUAAGGAGGGACGCACGGCGCUGCGGGCGGCCGCCUGGAGUGGACACGAGGACAUCCUCAAGCUGUUGAUUGAGUCGGGCGCUGAUGUCAACUCGGUGGAUCGUCAGGGACGCACCUCAUUGAUAGCCGCCUCCUACAUGGGACACUAUGACAUUGUGGAGAUUCUGCUGGAGAAUGGCGCCAAUGUGAAUCACCUGGAUCUGGAUGGACGCAGUGCCCUGUGUGUGGCCGCCUUGUGCGGCUCCUCCGGCUAUAGCAAAGUCAUCUCCACCCUGCUCGAUCAUGGCGCCAACACGGAUCAGCUGGACAAUGAUGGGAUGUCGCCACUGCUGGUCAGCUCCUUUGAGGGCAAUGCGGAGGUGUGUGAGCUGCUCCUCGAGAAUGCUGCCGAUCCCGAUCUGGCCGAUUUCAUGGGACGCACUCCAUUGUGGGCCGCCUGCACGGCGGGACAUGCGACGGUGGUGCGAUUGCUGCUCUUCUGGGGCUGCGGCAUCGAUUGCAUGGACUCCGAGGGACGCACCGUGCUGAGCAUUGGCGCCGCCCAGGGCAAUGUGGAGACAGUGCGUCAGCUGCUCGAUCGGGGGCUGGACGAGACGCAUCGGGACAAUGCCGGCUGGACACCGCUGCACUAUGCCGCCUUCGAGGGAUUCCAUGAGGUGUGUCUGCAGCUGCUCGAGUCGGGCGCCAAGAUCGAUGAGUGCGACAAUGAGGGCAAGACGGCACUGCAUUUGGCGGCACAGGAGGGACGACUCCGUUGUGUCCAGUCGCUGCUCGACAUUCACUCCAGCUUUGUGGACCAGAAGGCGCACGAUGGCAAGACGGCAUUUCGAUUGGCCUGCCUCGAGGGUCACAUGGAGACCGUGGAGUUCCUCUUGAAGUUCUGCUGCGAUGUCAACUCCAAGGAUGCGGAUUCGCGCACUACCCUGUACAUCCUGGCAUUGGAGAAUAAGCUGGACAUUGUCAAGUACCUGCUGGACAUGACCAAUGUGGAUGUCAACAUACCCGACGGCGAGGGACGCACUGCGUUGCAUGUGGCCGCCUGGCAGGGACACUCGGACAUGGUCAAGACUCUGAUUGAAGCUGGUGCGGAUGUCAACUCAAUGGAUCUGGAGGCGCGCACACCACUGCACUCGUGCGCCUGGCAGGGCAACCAUGAUGUCAUGAAUAUAUUGUUGUACUACGGCGCCCUGGCGGAUCAUGCCUGCAAGCAGGGAGCCACCGCCCUGGGCAUCUCCGCCCAGGAGGGGCAUGAGAAGUGUGUCAUUGCGCUGCUGCAAUUUGGCGCCAAUCCCUACAAGUCGGAUCACUGUGGACGCACGCCCAUCAAGCUGGCGGCCAAGUCAAGUCGCAGCAGCAUUCUCAAGAUCUUUGAGAGCUAUACCAAAAAUGAAGCUAGCAAUCCCAAUGAAGCUAAAUUCCAUGCCAGCAUGCUGCGAUCUCCGGAUCAGCCGCCCGCGCUGCCCCUGCACCAGAACCUUGCCCCGUAUCCGGCACAUGCAUCCGCUUCCUCCGUCUGCUCGGCGGCCACCACAGCCACCGUGCACAAUGGCAGCAAUCUGCAGGUGCUGAAUGCCUCCAGUUCCACGCACAGCUCCAACAAUUUCUACCAGAACACCAUGCAGUCGGAUGCGAGCAGCUUGCACAAGCGCAAAAGUGUCAUCUCUAGUCAAUCCACGGGCAGCAGCAAUGAUCAGGCGCCUCUCACCUUCACACAGCAAUUGCAGCGUCAAAGCAAAUUGAGCUCACGCAACAAUCUGAUGGUCAACUCGAAGCAUGCUUCCGGUUCCGGUUCCGGCUCAGCUGCAGCUGCAGCCUCUCACAAAUCUAACAGCAAUGGACAGCGUCACUCUCAAGUGCUGCCCGAUCUCAGCGAGCAUCAGCUAGCAAGCAAUAUGACCAACGAGGCGGAUCUGUACGACAUGGAGUGCAUGUCGCCAUUGUAUGCCACACCACCACAUUCACCGAGCAGUGAAUUGAGUUCACCCGGCCAGUUGCCUGCUCUGAAUGCCUUUGUGGAUGAUGACAGAGCUGGUACCAGCGGAGGCGCUUCAAAGCCCGCCUUGCCCGAUAAUCACUUUGCGCGGGAUACGCAUAUGCGCAUUAUUUUGGGCAACCUUAAGGAGAAUCAGCCCAGUUCAUCGAGCAAAAGCAAACGCAGUGGCGUCUCCAGCAAUCCGGCAAUGAGGCUCAUUCGCAGUCGCUUCGAUUCGGCGGCUCAGCUCAUCAGGCGCACCAACAACAUGCUCUCGUCGAGCAGCAAUCAAGGCUCCUCCAGCAUUGGCGUCAAGUCAGGCACCUUCCAGUGGCGCAAGGAGAGUCAAAUGUAAACAAAGACAGUGACACACACAACACACACACACUUGCAUACUCAAUUAUAGUAGUAGCGUGUAUUUGACUUAAUUGAGUUUAUAUACUUACUUUGUACUUUAUGAAAAAGUAUUUGUUUUUUGUGAUAGUUUCAAUUUUAGUAUACAAAACACUUUAAUUAUGUACUCUUAUUUCAAUAAUUAAACAAAAAUACAUCUAGACCUAUUGCAAAAAAUGUAGUUUAAGGCACGAGCAAAGUAUUAACGAAUUAUAGAAUGAUAUUUCAGUACAUUUUUGGCAUGCAAUCGUAGAGAACUCAUUAAAAGUAGCAUCGAAAUUACAAAUGAUAUAAAAACCAAAACAUUAAAAAAACAAAGACGAUAGCGAACACAACUUACACUUAAUACAUACACUUAAGAUUCCACCGAGAGACUGGUGCGAGUUUGUUUUUAAUUAAUUUAUUAAUGGAAUUAUCUUAGGCUGAACAACAAAUCUAAUACUUAUUUGAGUUAAGCGUUUCAGUUAGAGACAUUUUAAACGCCAUACUAAGCAAGCAUUAAGCAUUAAUAUUAUUUAUUUAAUAUCUAGCAUGGUAGUUUCAACAUAAACGAUUAUAAUGCGAAUUAUGUCAAUUUUCAAAUGCAGCUUUGUAAUUGAUCAGAAAAGUUUUCAAUGCCUUAUGGCAUGAUUUUAUUAUGUUGCAUCACUACUCGUUCCUGUACCUAAUUUCAACUUAUUCCAGCAAUCCCAUUUAUUAUAAUUAACUGAAAGACCCAAAAGACCUGCUGACACAACAACUGAAAGUCUCAGAUGGAAUAUUUUCUGAAACUCUAUUCUCACUGCAAAGCAGCAAAAACACACACACACACACACAUAAAGACAAACAGGCACAGACAACCAUACAACGUACUUGGCUUAAUCCAAAAAAAAAA